AUGAUCGCUCUCGUCGUGGCCGUCAUGUCCUUUGCGGCGCCCAAGUUUAUCAUAGCUCGGGUGCUGGACUCGCGCCUGGUGGGCACCAUGGUUGUGACGGCCCUGGUCUUUGAGCUGAUCGCCAUAACUUGGAUCUACGGAGCCAAGAACAUCUACACCGAUCUGGAGUUCUCCAUCGGUCGGCCCAUUUUCAAGGUCUGGAUGUUUCUUUGGGUCACAUGUCCGGCCGUUCUGACGGGCAUCCUCGUCUGGUGGUGUGCCGACGACGACCAGUAUGAUCUGCUGGCGGAGUACCUGCCGCGCUGGGCUCCCAUACUGUUCGUCCUGGCCGUGAUCCUCAUCAUUGCCUGCAUCCAGAUCUUCCGCCAAGUGGAGUACAACUUCUUCGGCAUGAUCUGUGAAGCCUCCAAGCCGGCCAAGGAGUGGGGUCCCGCAGAUCCCCUGGCCCGUCACUCAUGGAAGCAAUGGCGCUCUGUCUGCCAGGACACGGGCCGGCGGGACUUCACCCUGCGCCGACGCGGCACUCGCGACUACACGCACUCCAUCAAAAAGGGGCAGUACUCGGGUGCCCAGAAAUACGGCGUCCAGAACGGCGGGCAGACGCAGACACCGAUGCACCAGCCCCACUGGAAAUCCUCCACCCCGGGCAACAGUUCGCCCAACUACAGCGGCUCCAUGUUCGGGGACUCAGCCAUCGAGGAGGACAUCAGCGUGGACAAGUUUCCGGGCAUCACGCAACAGCAGUAUGUGCCAUUCCAAGCCAAUGAUGCCAAGCCGAUGAGGUACUCUCAGCGGAUGCGCCAGACGGCCCAGCCCCAGACCCUGACACGGCUGCCUCCACCGACACCGGCGGGGGGUACCACAGUGGAGAAGCACAGCGAGGUAGUCUACAUCCGGCGCCUAUCCGAUGGAGGCACCGGCUCCGGCCACGCCACCCGCAUCGAGAUUUCGCCCUCCAACGAAUCCAUCACAUACGGGAACGGCAAGACCAACAACAACUCGGCCUUGGCCAUGUCCAGGAAUCCGCUGGGCCGUUCCACGGGCUGCCUAGUACCCAGCCAGCCGCCACCACCGCCCAGAGUCCAUAUCAAGCGGUCGGCCAGCUCAGUGGUCAAUGUAAACGGCAAGCUGCCACCGCCGACAUCCGCCGCGGCCGGGGAUCACAUUUGCUGGCGGAAGUUCAACGUCAAUCCAGAAGAGUAUUCCACGGAACUGUGAACCGAAGGACGGAAGCGCAAGGAGCGCAUGGAGAGGAGGAGAAAACGAAGCAUUCACAUUCAAAAAGACUUGUUGCAUCCAAAAGAAACGUAUCUGUAUCUGUAAGCUGUACGAGUAUUGCAUCUGAAGCACAGACCUAUCGAUAAGCUACGAAUAACGAAUUAUGCCCAUAUGCAAAGUGUAUCUUCUAGUUCCGAACUGUACAUAGUGAAAGAGCAGAGCAUUCCUAGAUAUAGUUCUACGAUCUAGUUCCUUAGCGUAAGUCGAGAAAAUUCCGUUGUCAUUACCCAUCUGGAAAGGAAAGUAGAGGAGGAGUAACUGGAGUAGAUCAGCACUGGUCUACACAUAGUCUAAGCACUUGAUAUGUAACCAAUUUACCAUUA